UGGACGCGUGCCUUACGUCAGCGACGUCAUUUCCGCUCCGCAGACCCCGGAUGAAGCUGCCAUUGGGGCAAGUGAGCAGGGCCACCGAGGCUGGUUGGGUUUUAAUUUCACGGUGAGGGGACCGGAGCGGAUUGAAGCCCCGCUGGAUUAAUGUCGACAGGGCAGCGCGGAGUGCCAGCAAGGGCUACGACGAGCAAACGGUCCGCGCCUAGCAGAGACACCGCCGGCUAACGGCUGCUGCUAACUGUGUUUAACUGCAAGCAAACUACCGCGGAGCAGGGAAACAGCUUCUCCAGCCAUUAGCCUCUGCACACAGCGGAGUUUGUGCAGUUUACACACUGUACGUGUUGUCAGGGUUGUUCUAAUACAACACCUGGUGGACGAAUGAUGUCUGCCGCUAGUAUUGACCCUCAGACAUCGAAAGGACAAGAUGCAAGCAAAGCCUUUCCAGUUUCAGUGCAGAAUGGCUCCCUCCACCAGAAGGAUACUGUUCAUGACAAUGACUUUGAGCCUUAUCUCACCAACCAGUCUAAUCAGAAUAACAGCUAUCAAUCCAUGACAGACCCUUACCUGUCCAGCUACUAUGCCCCCUCCAUUGGAUUUCCUUACCCUCUCAGUGAGGCUCCUUGGUCUACAGGAGGUGACCCACCAAUUCCCUACCUGACACCCUAUGCCCCCCUCAACAAUGGAGACCAUCACUUCAUGCACGACACAGUGUUUGGGCAGCCGGGUGGGCUCAGCAGCAGCAUCUAUCCACACAGGUUUAACUUUUUCCCAGAGAACCCGGCCUUCUCAGCCUGGGGCACCAGUGGUUCUCAGGGCCAGCAGACUCAGAGCUCAGCCUAUGGGGGGAGUUACAGCUACCCACCCAGCUCUCUAGGAGGCACUUUAGUCCCUGAUGGCCAGACAGGUUUCCAUAGUGACACCCUGAGCAAGGCUCCAGGUAUGAACAGCCUAGAGCAGGGCAUGCUGGGCCUAAAAAUAGGUGGAGAUGUGACAGGAAGUGGCUCGGGUGUGAAGAGUGCAGGCUCUCUUGGAGGUGGCAAUGUAGCUGCAGCUGUUGCCACGGGCAACGGCGGCACACCAAUUGGAAUGCCCCCUCCGAAACCUACAUCGUGGGCUGCUAUUGCUAGUAAACCUGCCAAGCUGCAGCAACAAAAGACGAAGAACAAACCUGGCGCACCCAUAGUUGGAGGAGGUCUGCCUCCACCCCCCAUUAAACACAACAUGGACAUUGAUACAUGGGAUAAUAAAGGGGCUGCUACUAAAAUGGCCCCUCCUUUGCCCUCCCAUCACCAUCACCACCACCACCACCAGCAACACCAGCCCCAGCUUCACUCCCAUGCUUCCAGUCUCCUGCCUCCCCUUCAACAGUCCCUACAGUCUGCCCAGUCCCUCGUGCAGCAGAUGACCAUGCAGGGUCCUCCUCCUCCACAGUCUUACCAUAACCACAACUCCGCUCCGACACCUCAGACCCGCUGGGUAGCCCCACGUAAUCGCAACUUGUGCUACGGUGGCGGAAGCUUGGACAGCAGCGGCUCCUCUAACGGCGGCGGUAUUGGUAACGGAGGGGUAGGGGUAGGGGGAGGGGGCGGGGCCGUCACUCCAGAGCCGGGAUCAGAGUCCCACCCUGUGCUGGAGAAGCUGCGGGCGGCCCACAGCUACAACCCCAAGGAGUUUGACUGGAACCUGAAAAAUGGACGCGUGUUUAUCAUCAAGAGCUACUCUGAGGACGACAUCCACCGCUCCAUCAAGUACUCCAUCUGGUGCAGCACAGAGCACGGCAACAAGCGUUUGGACACGGCCUUCAGAGCUAUGAACUCUAAAGGUCCCGUCUACUUGUUGUUCAGUGUCAACGGCAGCGGCCAUUUCUGCGGAGCGGCGGAAAUGCGCUCGCCUGUGGACUACGGCACCAGCGCUGGCGUUUGGGCGCAGGACAAGUGGAAGGGCAAGUUUGAUGUGAACUGGUUGUUUGUUAAGGACGUGCCCAAUAGCCAGCUGCGCCACAUCCGCCUGGAGAACAAUGACAACAAGCCAGUCACCAACUCUCGUGACACCCAGGAGGUUCCUCUGGAAAAGGCGAAGCAGGUGCUCAAGAUUAUCGCCCAGUUCAAACACACCACCUCCAUCUUUGAUGACUUUUCCCACUAUGAGAAGAAGCAGGAGGAGGAGGAGGUGGUGAGAAAGAGCUAUGAGCCUGCCCCAAUACAGAGCCGAUCCCGAAUUGAUCAGGAUCGUCAAAAGUAAACAGAAGACAUCUGUCGAUGAAAUUAAAAUUUAAAAAGGAAACACAAAGACAUUAUAGAAAUUUAAAACUAAUAUUUUCUUUCUAUUUAAUUUUGUUGACUUUGGCCCACGUCAAACGUUUGACCCACAAUGCUCCUGGCUCCCAGUCUUUAAGAUGUAUUUGCGUGCAGGGAUGAAGCUAGUUCCACCAGUUGAAUCGCUUCAAUAAUAUAUAUUUUCUUGUUUUGUCUGUAUUUUUUUAGCCUUACAAAUCCCUAUUGCUACCCCGGAACUUGCAUUCUUAACUAAAUAUAAGUAACAAAUAUCUGCACGUCUGUUUUUGAAAGUCUCUUGACAACAUGCUGCUGAUAUUCAGUGACUGUUCACUUUGUGGUUUGUGUGUUGGAGAAAUGUUAAGUGCUUGUAAUGGUUAACGAGUGAACAAGACUUUAUUGACAAAUGUCUGCUAUCUGUUUGUGGCCAGUUGUAUUUUAUAUUAUCAGACAGAAAAAAAAUAUGCCACUUUUUUUCAUGUAUGGGCUGUUUCACUUUGGUGGGGGAAUGUGUACACCGAAAGUUUCUGUAUGCAUAGAAAUAAUCGUGCAAGGUUGUGACGUUAGAAAGCAUAAUUGUUAGGAAAAUAUUUUGAAUAAUGUAUCACCUGGCUUACAACUGGUUCAAUCUAACAUUAAGGUGCAGAAUAUAUGGGAUUUUGUCUCUCCUAGAGCAGAGCCUUAACAUUUCUUUUUAGCACUAAAUUAAAUUUGUAUUUUUCUUUUUCCAGAACUGUACCUCAAAAUCUUUCAGCUAGAGAUUCAGGGUUAGAAUGUCUAGAGAUCAAACACUCUUAAAGGUGGUCCCUCUCUUUCUUAUUUGAAGGAUGGAAUAAAAAAUAUACUGUAUUAAUUUAACAAAAAAAAAUUUGGUUUCUGUCUUAUUUCCCUUAAACAAUGACUUUUAUUUUCCUGGUGUUCAAACAGGAGGUCUCUGUUUAUAAAAAAAAAAAAAGUCUGGAGGAAAUGUAGCAUGUGCUGCUUUUAAAACUCAAGCCAGGCCUUUCACUUUGUUUUUUUUUUUUUUGUUUCUUGUUCUUUCUUAACUAAAUUAUAAUCUUGGCAUCAUUUUCAUUGCUAUAACCUGUCCACAUCAUCCUCAUAAAGUGUAAGCUUUAAUGUACUGGCAUUUCUAACUUGAGAUUGCCUCAAAAUGUUUAACUGUAGCAUUAUACUUAACUGAUUUAUUGUCAAGUGUAUGAAAACCCAGAGACUAGUGUAUAUGGUAAAUGUUUGUGACUUUUUUUAAACUUGCUUGCUGUAUUGUGUGUGUGUGUGUAUGCAAGAGUGAAAGAAAAGAGAGGGAGUAUGUUUGUGGAGCAAUCAGAGUUAUAUUACUGGUAUUGGAUUAUAGAAAAUUUAUGCAAAAAAAUGUUUUAAAGUCACCCCUGAAUUAAAUAUCCAUUGUAUCAGAGGUCACUAUCACAUUCUUAGAUUUGAUCAUGUUCAUUAUUAAAGAUAUACUUAUCUGUU